CUUCAGGUGCUUAACCAAGAUUCAAAACUCUAUUAUUCCUCCAAACAUGGCCAGUAAAUCUCUCUCACACCUCACAUCCAUCAUCCUCACGAUCAUUUUCUUCUCUUCUCUGCAAAUCUCGAGCCUCGUUAAAGCCGAUUUCUCCCGAAACUUAAUCCCAGAAAAACACGGACUCAAACAAGAGAAGCUAAGCCACCUCCAUUUCUUCUUCCAUGACAUUGUGAGCGGGCCAAACCCUACAGCCAUCCGGGUUGCCAGAGCUCCCACCACAAACAUGUCCUCAACUGGGUUCGGUGCCGUGGUUAUGAUCGAUGAUCCGCUAACUGUGGCACCGGAAAACAAUUCGAAAAUCGUCGGAAGAGCACAAGGGAUUUAUGCUCUUGCAUCUCAGAGCGAAGCUGGUCUGUUAAUGGUUUUGAACUUUGUUUUCACGGAAGGGAAGUACAAUGGAAGCACUCUCAGUGUGUUAGGUCGCAACGCCGUGUUCUCGAAGGUGAGGGAGAUGCCUAUCGUGGAAGGAAGUGGGGUUUUCAGGUUUGCUCGUGGCUAUGCUCAGGCUAAGACUCACACCUUUAAUCUUAAAACUGGGGAUGCCGUUGUGGAAUAUAAUGUGUAUGUUUUCCAUUAUUAAUUAACAUGCAUGUUAUCAAUUUUUAUUUAUAUAUAUGUAUAUAUGGAACUGAUAUCUUAAAAACUAUCUUCCAGUUAAUCAUGAAAUAAAUUUUCAAUACUUUCAAGAAUACAAUUCCCUUCUCUUACAAAUAGGUGGGACUAUUACAUAUGGAUUUCACAUGCAUCCCAUUUUUUUGUGAGAAAAAGAAGUUGUACUUCUGAUAAUAGGAUCAUUUUUUAGUUGUUCUCAGAAAUAUAUUGAUGCCGAGAUUUUUGUAUUUUCUUUCCUUUUUCAAUUUCACUAGUUGUAAUUUUUUUCAAUUUCAAUGUCAAGAGAGAGAGAGAUGGAGAGAGAGAGAGAGAGAGAGAAUAGAAAAGAGAUUAUAUAUUUUUUCAUCUGCUACUUCUUCUCUUCUUUUGUUUAUUUGAUCAAAAAGAGAAAGAGUGUUAUUGGCUUUGGAGAAAGAGUGUUAAUGGCUUUGGCCUUGCCUAAAAUAUAUGUGU